AUGACAAAGACGAGAGACGAGUUAUCAUUAACGACUAUCAUUUACUACCAACCAGCGGACAUGCCGGCGUUCGCCGAAUGGUAUGAUAUCAACGGACCGAGGUACCGAGUUUAUGUCAUCCACUAUGGAAGAAGUAUGCGGACCGAUUACGUAACCGGCAAGUGGCCGUUGCUGUCUGCAUUGUCAUCGUGCACUGUGAAUCGCACGGCGCGGCACCGUGUCUCAGCGUGUCGAGUCGCUCGCGUUAUCGGAGCGCACUGCACACGACAGUGUCUCACCGUGUCUACACGGCGCGCGGCUGCUACUUCAUUCUACUCACCUGUGUCCCUGCCGGCUCGUUCUUCGGGUCAAGUUGUCCUUGGCACCGCCGUAAUCAAGGUCAUAAAUCCUAAAAAUAAUUGUACUUACCUUGCACGUGCGUUCCUCGACGGGGGUAGCCAAUCAUGCUUCAUCACGACGAACCUGAAAGAAAAACUGGAUACAAUUGAUAUGUUAUUAGGAGCAGAGUUGUUCUAUGAUCUCUUGUGUUACAAUAACAUAAAACUAGGCCCAGAAAAGCCGAUGCUUGUCGAAACCAAGCUAGGUUGGGUGGUGGCAGGUCGUCUUUAUAAUACCGAUCUACAACCACAGCGACAAGUAUAUUGUAACUUCACCAAAGAGAUCAGUGAUCAAUUGGCAAAGUUUUGGAGCCUUGAAGAAGUUCCAACCUCAAAACCAACUUUGUCAGCUGAUAACGAAUUCUGUGAACGCUACUUUACUGCUACCACGAAGCGCCUUGAUGAUGGUAGGUUUUCAGUUUUCAUGCCCUUUAAAGAGACUCCAGAGGUAGCACUUGGUGACUCAUACAGCAUGGCUGAAAAGCGCUUCUAUAGCCUUGAGAAAAAACUUAAUAAAGAUCCUCACUUUAAAAAUGAGUAUUGCAAGUUUAUUCGUGAAUACGAGGAACUAGGUCACUUAACUGAGAUCAGCAGGCCUCAAUUCGGGUACUUUAUGCCCCACCACGCUGUGAUCCGUGAGCGUAGCGAAACUACGCGCUUGCGUGUCGUUUUCGACUCGUCAGCGAAAUCAUCAUCAAACAAGUCGCUUAAUAGCAUUCAGCACGUUGGCCCCGUAGUCCAGGAUGAGUUGUUCAACAUACUCAUUCGGUACCGCCAGCAUAAAUACGUGUUGUCUGGAGACAUUCAAAAAAUGUAUAGACAAAUCAUGGUAGAUGAGUCACAAAGACAUCUCCAGCUUAUUCUCUGGAGAGAGCAGGAUAACAUGCCACUUAAAACUCUGCAGUUGAACACCGUAACUUACGGUACUGCAUGUGCACCUUACUUAAGCACCCGGUGCCUAGUUCAGCUAGCAAUGGAAUGUUCUGAUCCUGUCGUGUCUAAGGUAAUAAAAAACGACUUUUACGUCGACGACCUCUUGACAGGUGCCGCGACGGAGGGCGAACUAGCUCACAUCCUAAAAACAGUUACCGAGGUCCUUAACUCUGCUGGUUUUCCUAUACACAAAUUUAAGACAAAUUGUCCACAAAUAUUUCAGGAAGCCACAGAAUCUGACUCUCAUAAUUUGUCAAAAGAGUCAAGUGUACUGGGAGUAUUGUGGGCACCUAGUACCGAUACUCUCAGAUUCGAAAUAAAUAUAGACAAAAAUGAACAUAAGGUCACCAAACGCAUGAUUUUAUCGAAUACAUGUAAAAUAUUCGAUCCUUUGGGGUUGCUAAGCCCGUGCACAAUCACACUUAAGAUUCUGUUGCAGAAGCUUUGGGAACUUAAAUUGGAAUGGGAUUCGGACGUCCCAAACGGCAUAAAAAAGACGUGGGAUAAGAUCAUCAAUAACUUAGACUUAUUGCUUGCACUGUCAAUUCCCAGAUCUGUUCUGUGCUCUUUCCCAGUCUCCAUAGAUCUUCAUUGUUUCGUGGAUGCCUCACAAAACGCGUAUGCCGCUUGCGUAUAUCUACGCUCAACUGACGAUGAAGGUAACGUAAGCACCAACCUAUUAUGCGCCAAAACGCGCGUGGUCCCCUUGAAACCUGUUACUAUUCCCAGGCUCGAGCUAUGUGCUGCUCUUCUAGGAGCACGGCUUGCAACAAAGGUUUGUGAAGCUUUGCGGUGCAAAGUUGACACUAAAACGUUUUGGUCUGAUUCGUCAAUAACCAUAGGAUGGAUUAAAACUCAGCCAAAACUCUUAAAGACUUUCGUUUGCAACCGAGUGAAUGAAAUCCAUGAAUUAACAGAACGCGAAUCAUGGAGACAUGUACCGACUGACCUUAAUCCAGCGGACAUGGCUUCUCGAGGCAUUGAACCCAGCGCGCUUGUUGAUUCUGCGCUGUGGUGGAACGGUCCUCAGUUUCUGUCGAAACCUGAAUCUGAAUGGCCUCAGCAGCUAACUGGGCAUUCAGAAAGUCAAUUACCUGAAAUAAAAGCCCAUCAUGUCCAAAACAAUGAUCAAAUUAUCGUAAAAUUUGAAAAUUUUCUAAUCCUUUACGGCUACAGCGAGCAUUAG